ACACCACCCCAUGUCUCCGUCCUCCCCACACCAAGCACCGCCCCCAUUUUCUGCCGCCCGGGCGGCGGGUAGGUCUGGGCCGGCCUGUUGGCGCUGCGGGGAUCCGGACCAUUUUCUCGACCGAUGUCCCAUGAUGGAUGUGGGGUUAAUGGUUCGGGUCCCGGACGCGCCUCAGGCUGCCCCCGGUCAGGCUGGCGAGUACCAGAUACCAGUGAGUAUUGGGGGGGUACCUAUCGGGCUCUGGUGGAUUCCGGUUGCAACCAGACCUCGAUCCACCAAAGCCUGAUUCGAUCCGUGGCAUGGGAUAAAGGCCGCGCGGUUAAGGUACGGUGUGUGCACGGGGAUGUGGUUCAAUAUCCCCUCAUGUCGCUGCCAAUAAAAUUUAAAGGGAAAAAGCAUAGAGUUGAGGUGGCCGUUAAUCCGCACCUCCGACAUCCGUUAAUUCUAGGGACGAAUUGGCCUGCUUUUCCAGAAUUAUUAAGGGUUUUAUGCACGGAUGUUGCUUGGGGAAAGGGAAACCGGGGAAGGCGAGGGCUCGUGCAGGCGGGCAGUGCAGAACCCGGCUCGCAGGGGUCUGACUCCGGGGGAGGAGAAAGCGGGAUCGAGAGGCUGAUCCUCUCGGACCGCGAUGACUUUCCCCUGGAGCAGGCCCAGGACGAGACCUUAAAACGGGCUUUUGAGCAUGUCUCGUCCAUUGACGGGCAGCCGGUGCAGCCUGCCCGACCUCUCGCCUACCCCUAUUUUGCACUUCGGAACAAUCGGUUAUAUCGAGUGGCCCAAGACGCUCAGACCAAAGAGGAUAUAACCCAAUUAUUAGUUCCAAAGAGCCGCCGGGAAAUGCUUUUUCAGGCGGCUCAUUGUAAUCCAAUGGCAGGACAUCUGGGGCAAACUAACACAUUAAAUCGUCUCAUGGCCCGGUUUUUUUGGCCGGGCAUUCACGACAAUGUGCGCAGGUGGUGCGCGUCUUGCCGUGAAUGUCAGUUGGUGAAUCCACCGGCCACACCAAAAGCGCCAUUGCGCCCUCUUCCGUUGAUGCAGGUCCCCUUCGAACGAAUUGGGAUGGACCUCAUCGGGCCAUUAGAACGAUCAGCACGGGGACAUCGGUUUGCUUUAGUCAUAGUGGACUAUGCAACCCGAUAUCCCGAGGCAGUAGCCUUGCGCAACAUUUCGGCAAAGUGUGUUGCGGAGGCUCUGUUUCGUAUCAUCUCCCGGGUGGGGAUCCCCCGCGAGGUCCUCACGGAUCAAGGCACGGCGUUCAUGUCACGCACACUGCGCGAGCUAUACGAGUUAUUGGGCAUUAAAUCGAUCCGGACCAGCGUCUUUCACCCACAAACAGACGGCCUGGUGGAGCGGUUUAAUCGCACAUUAAAGACCAUGAUUCGUAAGUUCGUACACGAGGACGCCAAAAAUUGGGAUAAGUGGUUGGAACCCCUAUUGUUCGCGGUACGGGAGGUCCCGCAAGCCUCCACAGGGUUUUCCCCGUUUGAGCUUCUUUACGGGCGGCAACCUCGAGGGGUGCUGGACGUAUUGAAGGAAACCUGGGAGGACGGGCCGUCCACGAGCAAAAAUGAAAUUCAGUAUGUCAUGGACCUGAGAACAAAACUCCAUACACUGGGGCGGCUAUCUAUGGAGAAUUUGUUACAGGCCCAGGACAAGCAGAGCCGCGGGUAUAAUAGGGGAACCAACUUGCGAAAAUUCACUCCGGGAGAGAAGGUACUUGUAUUACUCCCUACUUCCAGUUCAAAAUUACUUGCAAAGUGGCAAGGACCCUUUGAGGUUACACGGCAGGUAGGGGAUCUCGAUUAUGAGGUCGUACGAACAGACAGGCGGGGAGCACGGCAAAUUUACCACCUCAACCUCCUUAAAAAAUGGAGUGAGGAGGAGUCCGUGAUGUUGGCGACGGUGGUAACGGGAGAGGAUGAUCUCGGGCCGGAGGCGAAUGUUAAACAUCAAUCCCUCGCCCUGGCCCCGGGGGGAGAUCACCUCUCACCCUCGCAGCUCACGGAUGUGGCCCGCCUGCAGGCGGAAUUUGCGGAUGUGUUCUCCCCCCUGCCUGGUCGCACGAACCUUAUUCAGCACCACAUUGAGACCGAGCCGGGGAUAGUGGUACGAAGUAGACCCUACCGGUUACCUGAACACAAGAAAAAGGUGGUUCAGGGGGAAUUAGACGCGAUGUUGAAGUUGGGGGUAAUAGAAGAGUCUAACAGUGACUGGGCGAGCCCGAUAGUUUUAGUCCCUAAAACGGACGGCUCGAUACGGUUCUGUGUAGACUAUCGCAAGGUGAAUGCCGUGUCGAAAUUUGACGCGUAUCCCAUGCCAAGGAUUGACGAGUUGUUAGAUCGGCUAGGCACCGCUCGUUUUUUUUCGACACUGGAUUUGACGAAGGGAUACUGGCAGAUCCCCCUUUCCCCAGUGUCUAAAGAGAAGACAGCCUUUACCACGCCGUUCGGAUUGCACCAAUUUGUCACCCUUCCGUUCGGCUUGUUCGGAGCUCCGGCCACCUUCCAGCGCCUCAUGGACCGCAUCCUCCGGCCACAUGCAACAUAUGCGGCUGCCUAUCUGGAUGAUAUUAUCAUCUACAGCAAUGAUUGGCAGCGGCAUAUGGAGCACCUGAGGGCGGUCCUGGGGACGCUGAGGGAGACCGGGCUCACGGCCAACCCGAAGAAGUGUGCGGUUGGGCGGGUGGAGGUCAGGUAUCUGGGCUUCCACUUGGGUCAUGGGCAGGUGCGUCCCCAAAUUAACAAGACGGCAGCGGUUGCGACCUGCCCGAGGCCUAAGACCAAAAAGGAGGUGAGACAGUUUCUGGGGCUGGCGGGAUAUUACAGGAGGUUUGUGCCCAAUUAUUCGGAGCUUGCCAGCCCGCUGACUGAUCUCACUAAAAAGGAGGCACCAGAUCCGGUCCAGUGGACGGAGCGGUGCCAGCAGGCUUUUACCCAAGUUAAGGCUGCCCUGUGCGGCGGGCCGCUCUUACACUCGCCUAAUUUUUCUCUUCCUUUUUUUCUGCAGACCGACGCGUCGGACAGAGGGCUGGGAGCUGUCCUGUCCCAGGAGAUGGGGGGAGAGGAGCGGCCGGUGCUGUAUAUUAGCCGCAAGCUCUCAAAGAGGGAGGCUAAGUACAGCACCAUCGAGAAAGAGUGUCUGGCGAUCCGGUGGGCCGUUCUCACCCUCCGGUAUUAUCUCCUGGGGCGGGAAUUCACCCUCUGGUCGGAUCACGCGCCCCUCCAAUGGCUCCACCGCAUGAAAGAUACCAACACGCGGAUCACCCGUUGGUAUCUGGCUUUACAGCCAUUUAAAUUUAAGGUGAUCCACAGGCCGGGGGCACAGAUGGCUGUGGCCGACUUCCUCUCCAGGCGAAGGGGGAGGGGGGAGGCUGCAGGCCGGAGGGCUCCCCGGCCUGAGUCGGGCGGUGGGGGUAUGUGGCAAGGGGGGUGUGAUUUAGCAAGGUCUGCAGCGGGAGAGAAGGCUGAGAGAAGAGUGGUGAGUAAAUGGGGUGCGAAGUGCAAAUGAUGAUCAGCUGUCCUCUAUUCCAGUGAUUGGUGUGGGGAUGCAUAUAAACAGCUCGGAGACAGGAGCCGGGGGUGUGAGAGCCAGCAGAGUCUACUGCGGAGACAGAGCGAGAGAGAGAAAGCCUGAGAGAGGAGUGCUUCACCAGAGGAUCGUCAGCUCCAGUGGAAUACGGAGGCUGGGAACAGAGACGCGCAGCGUCAGCAUUGAACUGUGAUAUAUUU